UCGCAGGUCAGUGGCUGUAUAAAUUCAUCACUAGUGACGUCAUAGCUUUUUUUUCUGCGUCUCCAUGGGCCGGGCUGUUCAUGCGCCACCUAGCCUCCGCAGCGUUCUCCAUCCGCGCAGCACCAUCACGAAGAUGCCGAGAAAACGCCUUUAGCGAUAUUCCGAAGGUGCAUUUUCACCUUUUUAUUAUCACAUGUCAACAUUAUCAUGUCCUCUUUUUGAUGCAGUGAGCUUGUAUUUUCGUUAGAAGACGACUGGGCUCAUGCGUCCGGAAAAUCAAAGGGAGAUGCCGUUUAACUGCGUAAACAUGAUGGCUCCGGCUCAGCAUCAUCGACUAAUUGCAUUUGCUUUGCUUUUAUGUUUAGUGAAUAGUGUACACACCCGGUCCUCGCAAAUAUCGGACCUUAAAUCUAAAAUAACUGGAGCAGAGGAACUUUUGGAAGAAUUCCGUAAACAGCUCCAACAGGACCAAACAUACCGCGAAGAGGUGGAUGUGGCUGACGUCUGCCUGGGUGAUUUCACUGGUGUAGAUGAGCACAUUAUCCGAGCCAGGGCCUCCAUUGAACAGGGGGCUACUUUCCUGUCGGCUCCAGAUAGGGUGUACGGCUGGAAAGACUGUGUUCAUGCCUGCUGCUCAGACCCGCAUUGCUCAAUGGCUGUGGUUCAGGAGGACCUCCGACAGUCGGACGAAAGUCUGAGCUGCUACCUGUUCAAUUGCACAUAUAAAAAUAAAAACGUUUGCUCGUUCGCACCGCAGCAAGGGUUUUCCACCUACAGCCGGGGCCACAACACAACAGGACACCUCCCCGCCCUCAGACGCCAUGGAGAUGGAAGUAAAGGGGUCAGUUCAGGCAGGAGAUUGGAGGAGAAACCCACCAUUGAAUAUGGAUCUCAGAUGCAAGACGUGGACGAGCCGCCUCGCAGUGAUGCCGGCCCGGACGUGGUCAUCCAGCUGCCCACGGACUGGGCCGUGCUGGACGGGAGGGAUAGUGUGGAUGACCACGGCGUUUCUCGCUACGAAUGGACCUUGAUCAGAGGGGGUUCUGCCAUCAACAUGAGGGUGACCCAUCCAGGGUUACUGAAGAUAAGUGAUCUCCAGCAGGGUGUGUACGUGUUCCAGAUGACCGUCACCGACGAGGCAGGACAGAAGAGCUCAGACAACGUCACUGUCACGGUGCUGGCGCCGGAGCGCCAGGCUGAAGUCUGCACAGGUCACUGCACGCGUUACCAGUUCAACUGCGAUGACGGCUGCUGCAUCGAUAUCAGCUACGCCUGCGAUGGGAAACAGCAGUGCCCGGAUCGCUCUGACGAGGCCUUCUGCCAGCGCUUUGAAGGCAACAGAAAGACAGUCACUCACCCCGCAGGUAUACCCAGCCCUCACAGGCCUGCUGUGGACCAGAACCAAGCAGAUGACUACCGCCCCAUGCUGCCUACCGGGCCCAGGACGGCCAUAGAGGAGCCUCCCAGACCCUCUCACACCGCACCCAGGGCGAGGCCCAAGGGUCUGGUUCCCCCUGCGCUGUCCCAGAGCCACAGGCAGCAGGAGACCCCAGUCGCUCAAGCGGACCUAUGUUCUUUGGCACCUGUAGUUGGACCAUGUAAAGGCACCUUCCCACGCUGGUUCUAUGAUGCAGUCGCUGGAGUGUGUAAACAUUUCAUCUACGGGGGCUGCAAGGGAAACCACAACAACUUCCUGCAGGAGACAGACUGUAUCAACGAAUGCAUACAGAAAAGUCCUGCUAUCAAGCAAACAACAAUGGCCCCUGCCCCAAGCAAAUACACAGAAGCAGCUACGGCCCCUAAGAUGGCGAGUAAACCGGAAAGUGAAAUCCCAAUGUCUAAACCGUACACAGUGAUGGGAGGUCACCCAGUCCCUGCUUCAGGUGCGAUUCUUCCAUUAGCUUUCGGUCUGAUCAUUACAGCCCUUCUGCUGCUCAUGAUUGGCUGUCGUCUGAGGCUGGUCCGCCACAAGAUGAAGAAGGCCCGCCCUCUCACAACAGAGGAGUCUGAUUACCUCAUUAACGGCAUGUACCUGUAGCAUCAACGGCUAACUUGUAUUUCGCACCAGACCACAACAGACUGGCCAGACUGGCCAAACUGGUCAGGAAAAGGCGUCUAAGUCACAAAGUCACCUCUGCUAUGUGUCCAAGACAAAUUUCCUUUUGGACAAUAAAGUCUAUCUUAUCUGAAGCAACCACUAAAGGGCCCAUUUGUUUUUUUUCCAGUCCACUGUCAAGAUAACCACUUAACAGGAAUCCAGAAAAGAAAUUUCCUAGUUUUCUUAUUUUCCCUGCCAUGCUCAAAUGUAAUUUUUUGCUAUCCUGAUAUCCAAUAUAAAUAUUAUGUUCACCUAUGGAUGUACUUUUAACUGAGAUGUUGUGCUGUAUAGAAAUAUAUACUUCUGCCACUAAGUGGCGCUGUUGUGCUAUAUCUGUGCCAUAAGAGGCUUAACUGAAGGCUUGGGCCUCGAAUUCUAUUUUUUACCAGAUAUCUUGAAAUGUGAUGCCAGCUUUGUAAUGUUACAUGUGACAAAUCGUGCAAUUCUAUUAUCAUGAUUACCAAAAGAAUGGAUCAACUAUAUUAUUAUUUUUACUUUCCUGCAAUUCCCUUCAGGAUUCUGCUUCCAGAAGCCAUUUCAGAAGCAGUUAACAUUUCUUACCCUGGACACAGUUAGGUUUCAUUAUUAGUAAUGACUAUGUGAUUAUUAAAUGUAUUAUAUAUGUUGUA